AAAUUCCAGUCCAGGGCGUCAUUAUUAUUAUCUGCCCACUUAUCCAAUAUCCAGUGAGUGAUUGUUUUGACUUUUGUUUACUAAUGUCUGUUUUACAUAAUUACAUGAAUUAUUAGUUUAACGAGUACACAUGUCUCAAAUCGAAAACCAGACCGUCAAAAAUUAUUAAAACAGAAUGUCAGUGGUUCUAGACGACAAGAAAGAGUUUAUGACAAACCCUUAUUACGACCACCACGAGCCGAGCAACUAUCAAACUUUCUACAUAACUCUUGGUGUGUGCACGGUGUUUGCAUUUGCACUACUCGUUGUCAACUUGUUUCUCUGUUGCUUUUCCAAGCACAGACAUUACUGGAGAAAUAGCGAAACAGGUAAUCGCUACAUACUACCGAUUUGGAUCAAGACGCCCGCAAAACAAGCUCCGCUUGAUCUAAAAGAGUUGGAAACAAACUUUUCGAAAACAAAACCAGUUUACGACUCGGGGGUGCCCCAAGAAUUCGUCGAGCUCCACAAGAAAGAGAGUGACAUUUAAACGACACAAUGAUUCACUUAUUUUCACCGUUGUUAUUGUUGUUGGCCAUGUUUGUAUUGUUUGUAAUCAUUGCUAUUGUGAGAUAUGGGGAGCGAUUCUGUUCACUACACAGGGAAUCCAAUGACUACAAUAAUUACAACGACGAAUACAUAGAACAAGUAUCUUACGCUUAAUUCAAUUUAAAUUCUUAAACCCCUACAGCCUCUCAAAUAAAUAUGGGUUAGUUUUACUUAAUUUUGACAGUUUAUAAAAUAUAAUCUUAUUACAGAAAGUCUUUUAUGUUGUGCGAUCACUUUAUAACAAAUAAAAUUAACUUUGAUAACAUUAAGUCAAUCAUUUUUGGUUAAUUAAAAAAUAUCAAUUUUAUUUCUCCUUUUACUCCGUUAGUAAUUUUUAAUUAUUAGUUUAUUAGUAAACAAAUUUUAUUCACUGACGACUUAUCAAUAGCAAAAUUGAUAAAAUAUAUUAUUAUUUUAUAUGUAUUAAUAAUGUAUUAUGCACUCAACAAUUCCGUAUAUCUAAACAAAUUAAUUGUAUUAAUAUUAUUUAAAUAAGUAUGACGUGAUGAAAAAAUAUUUAUACGAAAUUAAGUGUUCACUAAUUUUAAGUAAAUAAACUGGAAUAAGGUUUAAAAUUUUAAUUGUUUUCAACCACAUUAUCUUUAAUUGAACCUUAAUUUUAUUUUUUUUAUUAUUACUUAUUGGUUAUUAUAAUAUAGUAGGUAUGUAUAAUUUCUGGAUACUUAAGUUAAUAGAUAGAUUUAAAUACUUUUUGAAAUGUUAAAAAUAUAAAAUGUAUUCGCCCAAAAUUAUUAUAAAAUAAGUGUUUUUUAAAAAUUUUAUAGAGUUUAAGUAUAAUUUUUAUUUUAUAUUCUUUAUUCAUAGAGUACUAUACUCAUUGAAGACAGCUAUGAUUAACAAUUAUUUUUUACCUCCACCGAGUCAACCAUCUGUACGCCUGUUAUAUAAUAUCACCUACAUGGCAGCAGAUUAUUACGGUUCUUAACUUGAAUGGAGUAGUUUAAUACUAUAGUUCUAUACAUACUAACAAUUCCGUCCAUAUUGUGAUUAAGUAUAAUUAUAGGUUGUUGUAUGACUUUUGGGUGACUGUAAAGUAACGUUUACACAAUGGUAUUAUAAUUUUAAGACUUUUUACAUACCUACAGUAUUAUAUUACAUACAUAAUAGUUUUGAAUAAUAUUUUUAUUUGAUCAAGUUGAAUAUAAAAACAUAAUACUAAUCCUAAUUGUAGACUAAUGUAUGGUUUUAUAUACAUUAAUAUUGCUUACGGGGAGUUUUUGAAUCUCAACAGUCGUCCAAUAAGUUAAAACAUUUGUAAUCAUUGUAUUCAAUUAUUAUAAAGUUUUAUUUUUUACAAACCAUAUUUUAUAAUAAACUUAUUUUAACAAAAAA